UUCCAGCGACUAUGGAAUUCAUGAAAGUUCAAAGUUCCCGAACAUCCUUUGGGAAUAUAUAUAAAUGGUUGCUGCUCCCUAUAUUCCAUACCAAAAUCAUCAAGAAUUCAAUUGAAUCAGUGAGAUACCUACACAAUCCAGUAAUCAAGUUCUUCACUCUUUCCACAGUUUCAGUAAAACAUUUGAAAAUGUCGAUCGUCCCCAGCUUGUUCGGUGGCCGACGGAGCAGCGCCUUCGACCCUUUUUCCCUCGACCUUUGGGACCCAUUCAGAGACUUCCCCAUUUCAUCUUCAUCUGAUGUUUCAAGGGAAACUUCUGGAUUGGUAAACGCCCUUGUGGAUUGGAAGGAAACGCCAGAAGCUCAUGUGUUCAAGGCCGAUCUUCCUGGGAUCAAGAAGGAAGAAGUGAAGGUGGAAGUGGAAGACGGAAACAUCUUACAAAUCACCGGUGAGAAGAACGUGGAGAAAGAAGAUAAGAAUGAUAAGUGGCAUCGGGUUGAAAGAAGCAGCGGCAAAUUCACAAGGAGGUUCAGGUUACCGGAGAACGCUAAAAUGGAUCAGGUGAAGGCGGCCAUGGAAAACGGAGUGCUCACAAUUACGGUGCCUAAAGAAGAAGCGAAGAAACCUGAUGUCAAGUCUAUUGAAAUCUCCGGUUAAUAUAGUGUUUUGAUUUUACAAAUGUUAUGGACUUAUGAAGUCCUCGAGUCCGAUUUUCUUUGAUGUAAAGUGUUUGUGUCCGUCUACAAUGUGUUCGAACUUGGUGAUAAAUAAAAUGCUAUUUAGCUUCUAAAUUA